AUAUCUACAGUCACCCAGCAAGCACUUGUUUUACAUCUGCUAUCACAACCGUCUCAACAAGGAUGCAGGUCGCAAGGUCGCUCGGUGCAACAUCCCUGCUGUCGGGGCAACGGUGUCGACUGCGGCCGGUGUUCGCGCGCAACGCGAACCACCGUGCGGCGCUGCGGGUCCGCGCGGCCAAGGACGACAAGGACGACAUGGUGUCGGGCGUCUUCAAGACCGCCAGCGGCUUGGUGGACAAGGCGGCAGAUCUGGUGCCGGACUCGGUGCCGCGCUCCACCGCCAAGGCGGGAGUCACCGUAGCCGGCGUCAUGUUCACCUUCUGGGUGCUCAACAAGGUCAUCUCGGGCGUGGUGACGCUGGCAGUGCUGGCCGGCAUCGGCUACUACUUCCUGACGCAGCAGGGCAAGGACGACGACGACGCCAUUGACGUGACGCCCAAGGCGGGCGGCGGCAAGGCGGGCGGCGGCAAGGCGGGCGGCGGCAAGGGCUCGGACCUCGACGACCCGCUGGCGGAGGCGCGCAAGAUCAUGGACAAGUACAAGUAGGGGGUUUGGAGGGCUGGAGGUGUUGAAGGGAUGUCGAGGGUGUAGAGGGUGAUGGAGGAUAGAAGGAUGGGGGCUUGGAGAGGGGCAUGUUGGGAAGGAGGGGGAUGCGUUUUGAGGCUUGAGAGGGAAUGGUUGGAGUAGGGCAGGGGCAGACAGGGGCUGGGCAGGUGACAGUUGCGGCGUGGCAGCGGUGGAUGGAAGGGGAGCUGCCGAGCAGGAUGGAGCAGGACCGCACCUGUGGGGUGGAGGGCGGAGGCAAAGGCAUGUGUGGGGGCCGAGCGCAUGUGAGGCGCAUGACACGCUACUUCACGAGCAAUACGCAGGAAGAGCGCUACACAGAACACAAUGGGAGACCUGAUCACGAGGUGCGAUAGCCGGGAGGUAGUUGACUCGCAGCGCACGCCGGCACGGGCGCAAAAACCUGAGGAGAAUUGCGACACUGUAAACUAGGAGUUACUGCCUGGUCCCUUUCUCGUUACCGGUCAGAUGCUGUUGCGGCGCAAGCCCAGUAAAACCGAAGUGGGGAAACAACUCUGCAUGGGUGACUCCUGAUGGCUGCCGAGGUUGAUGGCUGGAGGUGCUGAGGCAGAUGGCGGGACAGAACUCGGCCGUGAUUACGGCGGCGAGGUGGUGCGCCGCGGCGCCUGUACCACCCUGCGUGCUGGGGACAACCGUACCGUUGCUGCAAUGUGCAGGUGCAGUGGUGAGGACUCAGCGACUAGUCGACUGAAGCCGGCAGCAUCUGAUGAUAAUGCUGAUUCGGUCUGGAAAGGGGCGGAACGGAGGAUUGGGCUGCCGGCACAGGCGCAGAGCAACAUGGAAACAUGGUCCGCCCAUGUGGCCUGAUGGUCUUGGCCGG